AUGGCAGAAUCUCCUGGCUCCCCCCUCUCCUCUAUCGUCUCCGACGAAAUGUCAGAUCGCGAAGACUCCAAGCAGGGCUUCUCACCCUCUGCAUCCAACAUGCCCCCUUCAAAGCGUCGCCGCACCGGCAUGGCUUCCUGGGAUCGCAACACGCCCGUUUCGGCAUCAUUCCAGGAUGAUUUACUUCCUCCUCCGUCGCCAUCAAGCUCCAUCUCGUCCGACACGUCCGGUGAAAUUCGCAACUCGCCCAACACCUUUGCCCUCAUAGGAGCAACCCAGGACGAGGACUAUAGCGGCCAAUGCAACGACCAGGUCACUAUCUGUCGGUGGGAUGGAUGCGGUUCUAGAGACCUCGGGAACAUGGACGGUCUCGUCCAACAUAUUCACAAUGAGCAUGUCGGUAGCCGGCAGAAGAAAUACUCCUGCGAAUGGUCCGAUUGUCCUCGGAAGGGCCAAACGCAUGCGAGCGGCUACGCACUGCGCGCACACAUGAGGAGCCAUACAAGAGAAAAGCCAUUUUACUGUGCGCUUCCAGAAUGCGAUCGCAGUUUCACCCGCUCCGAUGCUCUCGCAAAACACAUGAGAACAGUCCAUGAAACUGAAGCUCUCCGUCCCUCUGACCCCGUCCCCAAGCGCCACGAUCUUCCCUCCGCCGCAGGUACUCCGGUCGGAACCCCAGUAAGCAAGCUCCAGCGCAUCAGACUAAAGCUAUCACAUCCGCCGAAGGAUGAUGUGGAGCGCUACAGUGAAAGCGUCAACGGGGACGCGAUCGAAACGGAGGACCUUGAUGAGUUCGAGCUACCCGGAUUUGGCUCCGAAGGUGGCUUUGAUGACCAUGAGCUCGAGAUGAACCCACAUCAGCUGUAUAGGCUUCUGCGCCGACAAAUUCACUGGGCAGAAAAAGAAGGGUCAACGCUACGGGGUGACUGGGACAAGAUCAGACCAAAGAGGAAAGACGCAUGGCUAGAGAAAGAAGCAAUCUUCGAUGACUUGAUUGACGCUGAACUCCGUCUGCUCAGCGCUUUAGUCAACAACAAGGAAGCUGCCGUGUCGUCGACUACACCAACAAACGGG